AUGGAGGCAGAGAGAGCUGCAGCUGGUGCAGCAAGGUCCACUGGGUCGCAGGAGAGCCGGGACCUAGCUGAGUUUCGGAAGUGUCAUCCUCCUCAGUUCAAGGGGGAGGCAGACCCAAAGGUAGCUGACCAUUGCAUUUGCGAGCUUGAGAAGAUCUUCACCGUGCUAGGAUGUUCUCAAGAGAGGAGGCUAGCAUACGCGGUGUACAUGCUUGUUGGCGAAGCCGAGCAUUGGUGGAGGGGUACCCAUCAUAUGCUGACUGCCAGAGGGGUGGUUGUGGACUGGGAGUGCUUCAGAAGGAUGUUCUUGGAGAAGUAUUUCCCCGAGAGUGUGAGACAUGCCAAGGAAGCUGAGUUCAUGCGCUUACACCAAGGAGGGAUGACCGUUUUUGAAUAUGCGAUGAAAUUCGAGCACCUAGCUCAUUUUUAUUCGCAAGGCAUCGCCGAGGCUUGGAAGUGUCGGAAGUUUGCAGAAGGAUUGAAAUAUGAUCUUAGGAGAGUGUUGGUGCCUAUGGCCAUCACUGAAUUUCCAGCCUUGGUGGAGAAGGCAAAGGUGGUUGAGCGGUUGGAAGGUGGUAACUGCGGGGUGAAGACUGUUGAGGGGCCAUCCGGGCAACCUGCUGGUGCUGCUGGUGGAGGAGGACAGGGUGGAGGUGCUGCCCUGAGAUGUUACAGGUGUGGUGGGUCCCAUAUGAUCAGGGAUUGCCCCCACACAGAGAAUCGGUGUUUUAGAUGCCAACAGAUGGGCCAUGUAUCUUCCAACUGCUCCGCCAGGGCCAGAUCAGAGAGGAGUGCUCAGAGGAGUGAUACUUAG